GUCUCCGAGUUGCACAUAAAAUAAAAUAGAACGAAAAAGUCAUCUAAGAGGAAACGAAGUUAGUUUACAAUUCUAGGCAAUAACCAGCCACCCCAUAGUUCGCCAUCUGCGAUCUGCAAUUUCUCGCAAACACGCACAGAACCCAUUAUUCUUCUCGUGCAAUUCUGACAGUCUCCCUCUGUGCAGUAAUUUAAUAAAAGGGGACAGCUAUGACGCUUUCCCGGCUUCGACAUCCGGUGAUCUCGCGCGCCCCUUCUCUCUUGAGAGCUCGGUUUCUCUCCACCUACCCUUCUUCUGGAUCACUUGCUCGUUGUUCUAAUGCUAAAAACUCUUGUGUGGACAGCAAUGGCUCUUUUUUAAGGCCUGCUACCUUAUCCAUGAUUGCUGGAGUAGAUGAUAAUUCUUUGAAGCAAAAGUGGCGAAUUGGUUUUCGAAAUUUCUCAUCUGCAGAGCCUCCAUCCCAUAUGGUCAUUGGAAUGCCAGCUUUGUCUCCUACAAUGACUCAAGGUAACAUAGCAAAAUGGAGGAAGAAAGAAGGAGAUAAGAUAGAAAUGGGGGAUGUACUGUGUGAGAUAGAGACAGAUAAAGCUACACUUGAAUUUGAAAGUCUUGAAGAAGGGUUUUUGGCAAAGAUCUUGGUGCCUGAAGGUUCAAAGGAUGUGCCUGUAGGACAGCCCAUUGCCAUAACGGUUGAGGAUGCAGAUGACAUCCAAAAUGUCCCUGCAACCAUUUACAGUGGAUCAGAUGUUGAGGAAAAAUCGUCUAACCAGGAUGCCAAAAUUGAAGACAAGGGAACUGGCUCUAUUAAGAUUAAUGCUUCUGAACUUCCUCCUCAUACUGUUCUUGGAAUGCCUGCAUUAUCACCAACAAUGAACCAAGGCAAUAUUGCCAAGUGGAGGAAAAAGGAAGGAGAUAAGAUAGAAGUGGGUGAUGUCAUAUGUGAGAUAGAGACAGACAAGGCCACCCUUGAAUUUGAAAGCCUUGAAGAGGGGUAUUUAGCAAAGAUAUUGGCACCUGAAGGUUCAAAGGACGUGGCUGUUGGAGAACCAAUUGCAGUCACAGUUGAAAAUCCAGAUGAUAUUGAAACUGUAAAGACCAAUGUUAGUGUUAGCAAGGAGGUCAAGGAAGAAAAAUUGAGCCAAGGUGAUUCAAAGGAUGAAGGUAGAGAAGAGAAAACAAGUUUUAAAAGGAUCAGCCCCUCUGCCAAGUUGCUGAUUUCACAGUAUGGAUUGGAUUCAUCAUUGUUAAAGGCAACAGGUCAUCGUGGCACUCUUCUAAAGAGUGAUGUUCUGGCUGCAAUUAAGUCAGGAAAGGGAUCAAGAAAACCUUCACCAACGGAUAAAGCUGCUCCAUCUGCUAAGACUGGCCCACAAUCUUCAACCACAACUUUUCCAGAAUCCCACUCACAACAGUCAGAUUCUUUUGAAGAUUUGCCAAAUACUCAAAUUCGCAAGGUUAUUGCUAAAAGAUUAUUGGAAUCAAAACAGACCACACCACAUUUAUAUUUAAUGACAGAUGUUAUACUGGAUCCUCUUCUUUCAUUCAGAAAGGAGCUAAAAGAGAAACAUGAUAUUAAAGUGUCAGUGAAUGACAUUGUCAUCAAAGCUGUUGCAAUCGCUUUGAGAAAUAUACCAGAUGCUAAUGCAUACUGGAAUACUGAGAAAGAGGAAGUAAUUUUGUGUGAUUCUGUUGACAUAUCAAUAGCAGUUGCCACUGAGAAGGGCCUGAUGACUCCUAUUGUUAGGAAUGCAGACCAGAAGUCCAUUUCCUCAAUCUCCUCGGAGGUUAAGCAACUAGCUGAAAAAGCUCGAGCAGGGAAGCUUGCACCGAAUGAGUUUCAAGGAGGUACUUUCAGUAUUUCAAAUCUGGGAAUGUAUCCAGUGGACCAAUUUGCUGCAAUCAUAAAUCCCCCCCAGGCUGGCAUCCUGGCUGUUGGUAGAGGGAACAAGGUCGUCGAACCCCUGCUUGGAAGUGAUGGGAUUGAGAGGCCUGCAGUGGUCAACAAAAUGAACUUGACUUUAUCUGCUGAUCAUCGAGUUUUUGAUGGCAAAGUUGGAGGUGCUUUUCUCUCAGCUUUGCGUUCCAAUUUCAGUGAUAUCAGGAGACUUCUUCUAUAGAGGCAAACGAACUAACAAUUGGGUUUUACAGUAUUAGCCAUCCUGAGGAUAUCCGGAAGCUAAUUAUGAAUUUUUCAUGGCACUGUGCCAAUUUGUUCAAGGGAUAACUUUUGCCAUUACAGUUGGUUGUGCCAUACCAUUUUACAAAAUUUUGCCAUUUGAUGAAUUAUUUCUGUUAAUAGUUAGAACUGACGGUUCAGGUGUUAAUUCCUGCAAGAUUUCACUGUUUCUCUGAAAAUCUUGCUGCAAUUUCAUGUUCAUCUCAAUAAGAAUAAUGUAUGAGAAAAUAAAGUAAAUUAUACACUGUUUGAUUAUUAAACUGCUUGUUCUUCA